UAGCGUCCUCCGAUUCCCGUGGCAACGACAGUUUCACAUCACUGUGUGAUCAUUAGUUAUGUGCCGUUGCGGGCACAGCCCGCCAACUGACGUCGGAGAUAACGUAUUUUUGCGACGAAACGGGUGGCAACUGCCGUUUCAUCCUCUUCAGUUUGUGGCUUGGAUGUUCUUGGGUUUCUUCUGUCUUGUGUACUUUGGAGUGUUGGUGCUUUAUCUGCCCGAUGAUUGGAGAAACGCGGGCUAUCUUGUGGCUGGUAUUGUUAUAGUUCUUCAUAUAAUUCUUCUUUGGGUUUGUACAACAAUUGAUCCAGCUCACAAGAACGUGAAAGACAAAGGCCAGUCGAGAACUUAUGCUCUGUUUGAUCGUACAAAGCAGCUUCACGUCAUCGAGGAUAACAACUGUUGCCUUUGUCAAGUAGAAAUUGAUCCAUCGUCCAAGCACUGCAGUGUCUGCAACAAGUGCGUCACAGGUUUUGAUCAUCACUGCAAAUGGUUGAACAACUGUGUGGGCACAAGCAACUAUUCACUGUUUAUUGGGUGUCUUUUGACUGGCAUCAUGGCGUCAUUAUUUGUACUAGCAGUUGCACUCUAUGUGUUUGUACAAUACUUUGUUGAUCGUGAUGAGCUGAAGUAUCUGAGUAGAGAUAACAGUAAGACAUUGAUUUGACCAUGCGGAUUGAUUUGAGUGUGUGCUUUGUGUGAUUGGUUUGAUGUUAUCGUUUGUGUAGAGUUUUAUAUCUUUUGUGAAGUUCCUCAUCAAGCAGUGGCUGCAUUGGCAGGCAUUGUGAUUAUUCUCAUACUUUUAGCGCUUGGCUUGCUUGGCCAUCUCUUUCUGUUUCAUUUGUAUCUCAUGUGUCAUGGUUGGAGCACAUAUGACUAUAUAAUGCAUGAAAGAGAGGCUAAUGGUUUGGCUGUUGAAGAUGGUAAUGCUGGCAAAACACGACGUGCAGGGAGAUGGAGACAUGUUGCCAAGGAGACAUGUUUAAGAUUCAAUCCUAAUGCAAACAUUACGGCUGACCAUAACAGCAUAUUCAGCUCAACCUACAACCUCGACUUUUUCAAGCAGUUUGAUCUAGUAAUGAAUGCUUUGGAUAACAGAGCCGCUCGCAACCAUGUUAAUCGAAUGUGUCUGUCUGCUGACAUUCCACUGAUAGAAAGUGGAUCUGCUGGAUACCUUGGCCAAGUGACUGUUAUAAAAAAGGGAGAGAGUGAGUGUUAUGAAUGUCAACCUAAACCAAGGCAAAAGACGUAUCCUGGCUGUACAAUACGCAACACGCCAUCAGAGCCUAUACAUUGCAUUGUGUGGGCCAAGCAUCUCUUCAAUCAGUUAUUUGGACAACCCGAUCCUGACAUGGAUGUGUCACCUGACACUGAAGAUCCAGAAGCUGCAGGUGAAGCAGGUAAUACUGCAUUACAGAAGAGUCACCAAGGUUCUCUUGUUGAUCGAGUGUCAACACGUGCCUGGGCUGAGGCAGAGAACUACAACCCAGUGAAACUAUUUACAAAGCUAUUUUGUGAUGAUAUUGCAUAUUUGCUGUCAAUGGACAACUUGUGGGAGAAGCGGAGGAGACCCAUUCCACUGAUGUGGUCUGAAUUACCAGACAAAGAAACAGAGCAGAGCAGUGGAUUGUUGAGAGACCAGCGUGUGUGGUCUGUACGGGAAUGCAGUGGAGUCUUCACAACAUGUAUUGAUAACUUGAGGGCUCAGAAGGCAGUAUGUAGUGCAGAAGAGUUAGUUUGGGACAAAGACGAUGACCUUUGUUUGGAUUUUGUAACAGCUGCUGCCAAUCUACGAGCUUACAUAUUUGGUAUUUCUCUGAAGAAUAGAUUUGACGUGAAAUCAAUGGCUGGAAAUAUAAUUCCUGCUAUUGCCACCACCAAUGCAGUUAUUGCUGGUCUCAUGGUGAUGGAGGCUCUCAAGGUUCUUGAAGGCCGACUAGAAGACUGCAAAACGACAUAUUUGAAUCGGCAGCCAAUUGCUGGGAAUCGGUUACUGACAACAUGUCGUCUUGUUAGCCCCAAUCCUAAGUGUUAUGUUUGUUCGCCUAAGCCAGAGAUUUCUGUAUAUUUAGACACAGCCACAUUUACUGUUGGUUCACUGUGUAGUAAAUUACUAAAAGAAAGACUAGGAAUGGUGGCACCGGAUGUGGAGAUUCAAGACGGGAAGGGGACAAUUCUCAUAUCGAGCGAAGAGGGAGAGACAGAAGAAAAUAUGCCUAAGCCUCUUGCUGUGUUUGGUAUUGGGCAUGGCUCUCGACUUCAAGCUGAUGAUUUCCAUCAAAACUAUCAGCUUGUACUUACAAUCCAUUCAGUUGACAAGCUACCAGAUGGGGAAAGCUUUGAAAUUGAGGGUGACACUCCACAUCCACUGCCAGAGGAGUCUACAAAGGAAAAGGCAGGAAAAGAGACAUCACCCAUAGCAGAAGGGAAUGAUGUGUUGGUUCUUGAAGCAACUGCUGAACGUCCUCCUGUAGCACGUGAAACACGCAAAAGAAAAGCAGCAAUAGAUCACCUUGAAGCUUCCAGUUCUCAGAAGGCAAAGAAAAAAAGAAGCCAACAUGAAGAUGAUGAUGUCUUAGUUUUGUAAUUAAUUAGAUCACUUGGAACAACCUACUGGGUGUUGCUAGGUUACUCUAUAAGAAAGUAGUCCACAGUUGCUAUUUUCAUGAGGUUCCUGUACAGUACGUUACAACACAAUGAUAUGAUGCUUUUACUGGAACAAAAAAACGUUGCAAACCAAAAACAAUGUAUAUUUGAAGUUCAAAUAAUUAUUUGUAGAGAAGUUUUGCUACAAG